AUGGGUCUUAACAGAGGUUCAGACUGUUGGUGUGGUUCUGCUUUACCACCCGAGAGCGACAAGGUCGACGAUUCCCAAUGUAGCUCACCUUGCACAGGCUAUGGCGAGGCCAAAUGUGGUGGAAACAAUGCCUACUCGGUUUACUUGACUGGCUAUGAUAACAGUGUUGGCAGCGCUGCAGGCUCCAGCUCUAGCGACAGCAACAGUGAUGGAUCUGGCGGGGAGUCCGGUGUUGGUGGAGGCAGCUCAGCCACAGCUAAUUCACCUCCAUCAUCACCAACACAAAUGGGUUCGCCGACCGUUUCCCAAGCGCCCUCGGUCAUCACCAAAGCAGGAGAAACAAUCGUCGUCACAGCCCCUGGCCAAGUUGACGCCACGAGCCAGGCAUCUACAGGAAGCAAUGGUGGGUCAAGCAAAAUCGGUAUCGCUGUCGGGGUUGUGGUGGGAGCCAUCGUUCUUUGCGCCCUCCUUGGUGGCGGUUUCUUCUUCAUUCGACAUCGCAACAGGAAGGCCGUUGAGGAGAAGUACCGUCGAACUCAAGCAAUCGAUAGUUUUGUCACCAGCGAUAAGACUCACAGUAAAGGUGGCUCGAUUUCUGAUCAACGACUAGACCCCUCUCUGGUGCACCACCGCAGACAGAGUGAUGGCAGCAUCGCAGACGAGAUGGACUUCUCAAGAAGAAUACUCCAAGUACGGAAUCCUGAUGGUGUCUAA